AUGGUCUUCAUACUCCUAUACCUUAGUGGCACCGUUACCUGUAACGUCGUUCAGAUUCACACGGUUGCAGAUGCUGGCACUAGAGCCGCAAAGCUCUCCCUCAUUAACCUGAUACCGAUCUUUUUAGGCGGUGGUUACGAAUUUGGUGCUCGGCUCCUCGGGACUUCCCUUUAUACCUAUGGAUUUGUUCAUCGGUCAUUUGCAGUAGUCGCGGUCCUCGAAGCAAUCGUUCACAUCAUUAUAGUGGCUCAGAUAAGGGUCAUAUCGUGGUCAAACGAACUUCAAUUCUAUGGGCUUCUGGCCGCCAGUAUGUUUCUUGCCCUGGUGCUUUUGCCACUGGUCAAGAAAAGGGUCUACGAAGUUUUCCUCAUUACACACCUGGGAUGUGCGAUGGCUUUGAUUUACGCAAUUUGGCAACAUACCCGAUCGGCUCACGAAAGACUAUGGGCAUUCCCAGUCACAUAUAUCAGCAUUUUUGCCAUCACUGGGGCCUUGCAGCUCGUCCGGAUUUUUUACCGAAAUAUGGUGAUAGGCAGAAACCCGGUCCGAUUGAUUCUACGUCCCUAUGUGGGUGAUGUUGCUCGAAUAACGCUCUUACUACCACGACCGUGGACCGUGCGUGCUGGUGAGCGCAUCAAUCUAGGAGUUCCACAUGUCGGAAUCUUUUAUCUAGCCCAGUCACACCCUUUUGCGAUCAGUUGGUGGGAAGAUGACGGGAGAGGGCGAGCGGUUUCAAUCUCAGUUCUCUUUCGUCCACGCUCCGGAUUCACCAGAAAACUUCUCGACCGCGUUGAACCUAAUCGAGAAUGCGGGGCGUGGAUUGACGGUCCGUUUGGUCCAACGCGUGUCAACUGGAGCUCAGCCAGCACCGUAGGCGAUUAUGGUCAUAUAUUCAUGGUCGCCACGGGCAUCGGGAUUGCUGCCCAGCUGCCUUAUAUCAAAGAACUACUAGACGGUCAUAACAAAGCACAGGUCUGCACACAGAGAAUCUCCCUUGUUUGGCAGCUGGAUCGAGUUGGAGACUGGGAGAGUGCUCGCGACUGGCUCCAAGUUCUGGUCAGACAAGAUAACGGAUAUAUGCUUCAUGUCUCGGUUUAUGAUCAACUGCGGUCUGAUUCUGGCAACGAGAUACAGCGUAUUGGAGAAAACGGUCUGAUCGAGGUGCAUAGCGGUCGUGUGAAUUGGGAGAAGCAGCUAGAUGCCGAAAUCGAGAGCCGGAUUGGAAAGCUUUUGUCUCUGCUCGGGUUCAAGUUCGGCACGAUAUCAGGGACUUAG